AUCCAACAUCGCACUCGCAACGCAACUGUCAAAACUAAGCGAUUUUUGUUUUCACAAAGGAAGGAAAUUCGUCUGAGAGUUUUCUUGAAAGUUUUUAAAGAUUAUUAGUGCAAUAUAGUGAAAAGUGUUGAUAAAAGCAUAAAGAAAUAGUAUGGGAGCAGUACUUGGAUUGUGUUCAGCAGCCCAGAUGGCUUGCUGCUGUACGGGUACAGCAGUUUCUCUCUGCUGCAAUGCCUGUCCAUCCUGUAAGAAUUCUACAUCAUCUCGGCUCAUGUACGCCUUAAUGCUUCUCUUUGGGGCCAUCCUGGGAGCCAUUGCUCUCGCUCCCGGACUACAAGACACCCUGAGAAAGGUGCCGUUUUGCGCCAAUUCUACUUCCACGACAUCUCUCGUACUACCAUCAGCCUAUUCCUCGAUUGAUUGUAGCUCAGCUGUUGGCUACCUGGCAGUCUAUCGGAUCUGCUUCGCCCUCGUGUGCUUCUUCAUUCUCAUGGCAGUGAUGAUGGUGGGCGUGAGGUCUUCCAAUGACCCACGUGCACCCAUCCAGAAUGGAUUCUGGGGUCUGAAGUUCCUCAUUGUUAUUGGCAUCACCAUUGGAGCCUUCUUCAUACCGGAAGGUUCUUUUGGCUACACGUGGAUGUGGAUAGGGCUGAUCGGAGGAUUGGCCUUCAUCCUCGUCCAACUCGUGCUUAUUGUAGACUUUGCUCACACUUGGGCAGAAACAUGGGUCUCAAAUUACGAAGAGAAUGAGUCUCGCGGAUGGUACUGCGCUCUUCUCACAGCCACGGGGCUUCAGUACAUCCUGGGCAUCACGGGAAUUGUCAUGCUGUACAUUUACUACACGGUUUCGAACGAUUGCGCCCUCAACAAAUUUUUCAUUUCCAUCAACUUGAUUCUCUGCGUCAUCGUCAGCGUGAUGUCUGUACUUCCUGCUGUACAGGAGAGACUGCCAAAGUCUGGACUGCUUCAGAGUGCCAUGGUUACACUCUAUACUGUCUACCUUACUUGGUCUGCUGUUGCUAAUAAUCCCGAUCAUGUCUGCAAUCCUGGUUUCUUGGGAAUUGUGGGUGAACAUAGCAAUAAGGUGACAUUCGAUAAGACUAGUAUUAUUGGGCUGGUGAUUUGGUUGUUCUGCGUGCUCUAUUCAUCUCUUCGAUCAGCAUCUCAGGUGGCUCGUGUGGCUAAUCCUGAUCCUGAGAAGCAAGCCACUCUGACUGAAGAUGACAGCAAACCAACAACUGCCUCUGGGGAUGAUGGAAAGGUGUGGGACAAUGAGGAGUCUGGUGUGGCAUAUUCCUGGUCACUGUUUCAUAUUGUUUUUGCAACAGCUACACUCUAUGUUAUGAUGACUCUUACCAAUUGGUAUCAACCAAAUUCCUCCCUGGAGACAAUGAAUGCCAAUUCAGCAUCUAUGUGGGUUAAGAUCAUCUCAUGCUGGCUCUGCCUCGGACUCUAUGCUUGGAGUCUUGUUGCACCAAUUGUCCUCGCAGAUCGGGACUUUGGUGUCUAAAGUGGCAAUUCUUCUGCCUCCUCAAAGUUUUAUCAGAUUUUUCUAAGUGGAUGCUUCGUGUAUUUAAUAUUCUCUAUUCAAUAUCUCAGUAACGGAUGCGUAAGUAGUGAGUAGUUUAGGUGAAUCAGAGUCCUCAUUGUGAUUUUAGGCAGCGCAGAUGGCAAAGAAUAUUGGAAUAAAUAUGUAGGUAUUUUGAGAGGACAAAGGAUAAGCUGCCCUAAUCCCCAAAAAUAAGAUAAUCAUUCAAUUUAUCUCGUGUAAUGUCUCUAAAAUAAAAUACAACAGUAGCCGUAGUAAA